CAUCAGCACCUCGGACAGCAGCCUCUGUCAGUGCGCUGCCUGCUGCGGAUGGCGCUCAUCUUCUCAGCCGCAGGAGGGAAGGUGUUUUUUUAAAGGAAAACUGCUUUCUGUAACUAAACCGAUAAAGAAGUUUAGGUUUGAGCCGACGUGCCUAAAAUAAACAACUGACAAUCAACACCCUGGAGGUCGUGGACACGUCGCCGCAGCCUGCCAUGUGGCAGUUUAUUGUCCCACUGAUUCACGGAGGCCUUGGUUUAAUUUGGUGAAGAGUUUAAUUUGGUUUAAGGAUGAUGUGCGGUUGUUUUAACAACCCGGAAGGGACGCUUGCAGCCUGCUGUCGGCUCAUUUUGUGUUCGCAGGAAUCCAUAUCUGACACCUCUUUCCUCCGGAUUUUUGGCGCAGAGAUGGUUGGGAAAAACAGAGAACUGUGAGUGCAACUUGUCGUGAAACCAAUUUGAAUUGUUCUUCAGAUUUGAUUUUUUUUCGUAUCCUUCUCUAACACGCAACGCUGCUGGAUUGUAACUUUGUAACGGGGUUGUCGGAAGGUGUGGGACGAAAGCCACUCGAUCUAACAAAAAAAAGGCUCGAGCGAAGAAGAGACAAGAGGAAAAACUGGUGACUUGAUGGAUGCCACUGCGAGACAACAAAGGAUGCACGCUUUGCUGUCGUGAUAUCAUCUCCCCUGUAGGUAAAUGGAGAAACUCAAAUGUAAAUCGGCUUUGACUUAGUUGUUAAUAGGAUUUAAUAUCAACCCCCUUAGACACCCUCGCUGCUUUUGCACCUGAAGACAAAUAUACUCCAACAUUUGUCCUCUGAUGAUUUAGAAACACCAAGUGGAACAAUGCAGUGCUUCUUAACCGGGUUGAAAAUGUGGGCAUGGGAGAAAGAUGCUGGACGCUUCUGACUUUUAUGUUGGUGCCUCACAGUUCGUGCAGCUUUUAGCCUCCAUUGGCUCUAUCCAUGAGAAAUAAUGCUCCCCUAUUGGCUGGAUUGCGGUCCACAUGCUAUAACAACAGGAUAUGCAAAGCGCUGUGGGCUAAUGGGAUGGGAUAAUAGCCCAUCGUGUUUCCUUGACCGAGAUCUGUAUUUUAUUCAAUAGGAUGUAUAUUGCCUACUUGGAAUCAAAUGGUUUGGAUUCCAUAGCAUUAAUAAUAACAGGCCUACAAUAAUAAUAGUAAUGUUGAUUUUAAUUUAUAAUGGACCUGCCACAGUCAAGCUGAGGGCUGUUUUGUCUCACAGAGCAGUUGUGCCUGUGUAGUAAAGCUGCUGAAGAAUGUUUAAGUAUCGCAUCCGGACGUUUUUCAAUGAACUCAAAGUGUUGUUAUUGAUGCGCUCUGGAUCAAGCAGGAGGACUGGCACGGGAACAGACCCGGACACGCAGACCAGAAUGCGAGGGCUCGCUAUAGGAGGCUGUGGUUGGCCGCCGUUGAACUGCUCUCACCGGGACGAUGAGGAGGAAUAUUAUGGCUCUGACUCCCGGCCACGCAGCCUGGAUUUGGAGGAUACAGAAGAAGACAAACCCGAGGGAGGAGGCCUGGACGCCGCUUCCCUCCCGAGUCUCUCAGAGAGCGGGACGCGAUCACCGCAAUGCCGGAUCUGCUUCCAAGGCCCGGAGACGGGAGAGCUGUUGGGCCCUUGUCGCUGUGCUGGCUCUGUGCGUUGUACUCACCAGUCCUGCCUUAUCCGCUGGAUCAGUGAGAGAGGCUCCUGGAGCUGUGAGAUCUGCUACUUCAAGUACCAGGUCCUGGCCAUCAGCACCAAAAACCCACUUCAGUGGCAGGCCAUCUCUCUGACUGUCAUUGAGAGGGUGCAGAUUGCAGCCAUCAUCUUGGGCUCUUUGUUCCUCAUCGCCAGUAUCUCCUGGUUGGUGUGGUCCUCUCUCAGCCCUUCAGCCAAAUGGCAGCGGCAGGACCUUCUCUUCCAGAUAUGCUACGGCAUGUAUGGCUUCAUGGACAUAGUUUGUAUAGGCCUUAUAAUCCAUGAAGGAUCGUCUGUUUUCCGGAUCUUUAAGCGCUGGCAGGCGGUGAACCAGCAGUGGAAAGUGCUGAACUAUGAGAAAGCUAAGGACUUAGGUGACCCCAUCAGUUCCAGCAGUAAAGGUCGUGUUGACAGGAACUCAGACAGCGGACAGAGAGCGAGUCGACAUGUCAGGACUAUUCUCAACCACCACUGUGGCUAUACCAUUUUGCACAUCCUCAGCCAGUUAAGACCCAACAGUCUGCGCAGAGCCAACCAUGAGGUGGUGAUGAGGGUGACCACUGUAUGAGGCUGGGUCAUUCAGACAAGUGUUCUGAUGUCUGACGAGGAGAUCAAAGUGUUGAUUGGGAUUUAAUGAAAAACAAAAUCCCAAUCUGCCACAUAAACACUGCCGUCAACUUCUAGUCUCACAUUUCGCUCGCAGAAUCUCCCUGAGCUCAAAGUGGACAACAGGAGAUAUCUGGGCAAAGGGAGAACAUUGCAGUUUUAUCGGAGACUCUAAAGACAAAGCCUAAAAACAAGACAAAUAAGACAAAAUGCAUACAUUUAGAAAAAGAAAAAGGUUUGAUUCUUAGAGCUAUUAAGCUUCUUUUUUUUACCACCAUGACCCAUGUUACAACAUGUAAUUGAAAUGUUUUUUUAAUGUUUUGCUUUUGAAAGAAAAAAGAAAAUGAUUGUCAUUAAGUUUGAUUUGGAUUUUACUCUAUAAGAGAGAGUUUGAUAGUGAAAAUGAUUGUGCUCCUACUCAUGUGACCAUAACAUUGGCCCCAGCCCCCAUAAUUCAACAUAUUCCUGAUGGUCCACGUCAAUGGAUCAGAUAUUGAAAAGCCCAAUAAAACAAGGCACAAUUGCUUAAACUAUCAUACCCUUGAAGUACAAUUAGUGUUUUGUAAUAAAGACUUUGUUGAUCGCAAAGUGGAACUGUGUGUUGUGUUUUAUCUCAUUUUUAGGCAACAAGAUGGAUCUUAGCAAAUUUUACUUGAAAACAAAUGUAUACAUCAUAGUAUAAUUGUCUUAAAAAAUCUGGGAGAGGCUUGAGUGAAAAUCCAUUCACAUUCCCAAGGACAGAGAAAGACAAAGGGCGAGCUCAGUUUACAGUCUUCUGUGCACCUAUGAGCGAAAAACAAGUCUCUGGUGAAGCCUUCCAGCAGCUGCGGACUAUAAUGUGUCAACCCUUCUUGACAGAGUGAACUGAGAAGAUUAUUACAGCUGACUCAGAGGACACCCAGAGGGACCUGCAGCAUUUCCAUUUAAUAGACACCACAGUGAAGAUUAUAAAAGUGAGAAAAACCUAUACGAGCCACUGAGUGGCUUCAGGAAGUUUUAAGAAUCCUUCACUUCUAUUCACUAUAUUCCCUGAACUCUGUAUUUGUGAUGUUUGACUCUGGGUGGGCUACUGUUUCUAUUGGAAACAUUUUCUCCCCAGUACAACAUAUCAACAACAAUAAUAACUAAUAGCGAUAGUUAGUAGAUACGACAUAAUAAAAUACACCUGCAUCUGUUUAAAAUAAUAAUGUGGACUUUCAGCUUAAAGUAGCCUUGUGAAAUUAAACUUUGUCGCAACACAAUGGUCAUUUUAAGUAGAUUUUGCCAUGUAGAAUAAAGGCAUUUUAUUUAUUUUUUGAGACCAUAUUCCACCCUUUACAAGAUUAAAUAAAGACAGUACACCUGAAGGAUCCAAAGAGCACAUGUAUGUGAUUACAGCAGCUCCACUGUCUUCACACUCAAAUUAAAC